UCAAACACAUGGAAUGAACGGUGCAGCAGUCUGGUGCGAGUACGCAAUCUACGUCCUCGUGAACUACAUCGAAGACGGCAUGGAAGCGAUACUUCCGGCAAGUUUUAUCACGGCGACCGAGACAACGACGUAGAAAGGCCUAAAUAAGAACAUUAAACGGGAGUUUUGGUAUGUUGAGGACGGCAGCGUGGCUGGGUUCUGCCGGGCAGAAGUAAAAAUGUGCGGAGAUUGUUAAAGAGCCCACAAGAACUGCACCCGAACGCCAGGGAACAAUUUUGGACUUAGUCUUUGCACCGACAGCUGAGCACCUGUUCCUGGUCCUACAGUAGCUAAGCAUGUAACUUAUCUACCGCCAUCAGGUGACUGCAGGUCCAUGGCAGCAGGCGGACAAAAGAUACGCUGAGGAGAGACAGAUUUUUAUAUAAAGAGAGCAGCGAGAGCAGCAUAUAUGCCGUUCGUGCAAGUGGUUUUAGGGCCAGGCGGGCAUAUUCAUUCCAAAAAAAGUGUGAACACUGAGCGCGUAAUGCGACUGCGGCCCUGUUGCCGUCAACUUCUACUCCUGGCCAGUGCUUUUCUCGUCGUGCUCCUGUUGAGUGGCUACUCCGAUUGGUCUGCCUUUCCUUCUGUUCCCGGUGAAGCGUUGCUACAACAUCCAUUCUGGAACUAUGACUUGGAUGCAGAGGAGCCCAGAGACCCCAAGCAGACUUGCAUUAUUCCGCAAGUCCACCCUCUCCAUCCAUCUGUAUGGUCUUCCAUUAAGCCAGCGAAGCCUAUUAUCUGUAAGGAAAGAUCUCCGUGGCUGACCUACGUCGGUGCUGACGGCGUCCUUCGCCUCAAUGCAAGCGCAGGUUACAAGCUGGACUCCCUGCGUUGUUCGUAUCAAGCCGUUCUCCGGCUCACGGACAACAUCAUCCGACUGGGCCCUCCAGUACAUUUCGAGAAGCCCACCCGAAUCAAUUACAGCGCAAUAUCCAUUUCUUGCCAUAACUUUCUCGACUUUCCCAUUUAUUCCAACAUCCAUCCCGUCGUUGUACCCAAGCCUGCAGCAACUCAUGGACUCGCUCAGCCAUACAAUGUUCUCGUUUUCGGACUGGACUCCGUUUCUAGAUUGUCUAUGCUACGACUGCUUCCCAAGACGUACACAUACCUGACGAAGGUUCUCGAAUGUACGGUAUUGCGUGGCAUGAACAAAGUGGGCGACAACACUUUUCCCAAUUUAGUUGCUUUGUUGACAGGUAGAGAGGCGUACACGCAGAUUAAGCAUCCUCACGGAACCAACGAAACCUUUGAUGAUCUGCCUCUGAUAUGGAAAGAGUUUGCCGAGAUUGGUUACGAGACUCUAUACGCGGAAGACUUCCCACAGUUUGGCACUUUCAACUAUUUAGCGGAAGGAUUUCGGGAUCCUCCCGCAGACCACUACCUCCGCCCUUUCUGGUUGGCUGUUGAACAGUCCUACCUCCUUAGAACUAGUUCCAAUUUAUGCCUUGGAAAUGUAGCUAAGCAUAGAAUACAGAUAGACUACCUUCGCCAGCUUAUUACUAAGCAACCACUUAAACGGCCUUACUUUGCGUUCUCGUUCCUCGUUGAGAUCAGCCACGAAUACAUGCAACAAACUGCAGCUGCGGACGAAGAUUUCUUACACUUUUUCAGACAUCUACACGAUGGCGGUUUUCUCCGUAAUACUUUCCUGUUCUUCAUCUCAGAUCAUGGUCACCGGUUCGACGCCAUAAGGGAAACAUACGUUGGACACAUCGAAGAGCGCCUGCCGUUUGUUGCUGUAAGACCUCCGACUGAAAUAGACAGCGAAUUGGGUUCAUACGUCCGUGCUGGUCUCCAUGCCGCUACGGGUCGGCUAACGUCUCCUUAUGACACCUAUGAAACUCUUCGGGAUAUUUUAGCUCUAGUGAAAACCGGCAAACUUGCGACCAGGACUGUAUCCCGUUUUGGUCGUAGCCUCUUUGGUAAUAUACCAGCUGAACGGACGUGCGCUGAUGCGGGAGUUCCUUCAAAGUACUGCGCUUGUGACAUCGAGCAACCGAUCAAUAUUAAAGAUCCACUAUCCCAGCGCAUCGCGUUGGCACUUGUGGACAAGGUGAAUGAGCUUCUUGCGCGAGGGCUUGGUUCCAAGAGCUCCCUGUGCGCACAGCUGAAGCUCAAGACAAUAAGGGACGCAAACAGAGUGUUGUCCAGGCCAGGCGAGAGCCCACAGAGGGUUCGAGUGACUGUGGAGGUGUCACCCAGUGGUGCGCUACUGGACGGCAUGCUUGAGGUCAAGGAAGACGGUUCUGUUGAAUGCACUGAUGAUGUUAGUCGUAUCAACAAGUACGCAAACCAAUCAGCGUGCAUAGACCAUGAAAUCCUUAGGAAGUACUGCUAUUGCGAGAGUUCCAAAAAGUAGUUGCUCCAUUGCCCAGUGAUGCAUGGCUGUUAAAGGCAAUACAUUUUUAUAUAAAUAGAAUUGUAUACUGCCAUACAUAUUUUUACUCGUCGAUUGACGGCCGCCUGAAAUGCAUUUAUUUAUUAUAUCUUAUCGCAAUCAAUAAAGUUAUAUUUACUGAGA